UCAACCAGCCAAAAUUGUUGGGCAGCAAUUUCUUGUAAUAUUCAACUAUUAAGCCUGUGGAAACGUGCACUGUUAAAACAUCCAACAUGAGUAAUAAAAUAGCAUGUGGUUUUGUACAAGAUGCAGUAAAGCUGGUAAAGGCCUUUGCAGAAGAAAAAAACUUCGAUCUGAAUGCUUUUUCCGUUGUUUGGAAAAAGCUAAAUUUUUCCAUGAUAUUCCUAGGACGUCGUAAUGAAAAAGAAUUGUUAGAAUAUACUAGGCAAAUCUUUCGUAUAACUUUGGAAUUAUUUUUCGAAAAUACCGAAAACAUAUAUGAGCAUGUGGGAUACCUGUACUUGCUGUUUGGACUUUUUCGAUACCAACUACCAAUAAUAAAACCACCUAUUAAGGUUCGUGUUACUUUGGAACAUUUUGAUCGAAUUGAAAAAUUGCGUAAUGAUGCAGAACAAAAUAGAAAUAUACAUAUACUCUUUGCCAUUAGGUAUUUGAUUUGCGAUGGUUUUGACUUCAUUUACUCCCCAACGCUGAUGGGACCUUAUCUUGCCAGUCAUGCCACAUAUGUGAAUUUAUCUACAGAACCACCACCACUACACACAAAUGACUCAUUUGAUUUGGCUUGUAAGAUGCAAGAAGAUUUAGAGACAUGCUUUGAGGAGUUGAAAAUUAUAAAGACAGAUUAUGAGAAAGGUAUGAAAAAACUUGAUCUGGAGAAAGCUCCAUAUGCGGUUACAAAUAAUAUCCCGUUUCAAGCAUUUAUGGAUGCCCUUGAACCAUAUACACCUGGUUCUAGUACGAAAGGUCAGGAUUCUGUUGGGAACAGGAGGGCUUUAAUAAAAGUUGCUGCAUAUAACAGGCUUAUUAACAGAGUUAAAAGAAGUGUUUCUUUAAGAGGGAGGAAUGGUAAAGCAAGACGACCAAGAAAAUUCCCUGAAGAUGACAAACCAACAAAGAUUGAAUCCGCAAAACAGGUGGUACCAGCAGAACCUGAAAGAAGGGGUGGUCAAAAACAAGAGAGACUGUUCAAAAAGAAGUAUCGCUUCCUUGAAUAUGAGCCACUACCGAAGAGCUCUUCUUCACCUCGUAAAAAACCAGCGACACAGAAGAAACAGACUAAUUUUUCAGUACAGAAAGAAAACUGAAGACAGGAACAUGAUGAAACAUUUGAUUUGUGUGUUAUAU